AGUUUUAUUUAUUUGACAUUUUUUAAAUGUGUAAGAAUCAACUAUUUCUAAAUAAUACUUUCCCCUUUUCUCUAAAGAUUUUAUCCUCAAACUUCCUUUCCCCUCGAAAUCACUCCCUCGGGCUCAACUCCCUCACGCGCUCGUGCGUCAUUGCUCUGCCCUUGUCGAUGAUAUCGCCCCAUGUCUGCCAUCGUCCUCUAAGCCUAGGUAAGCACAGACGGACCUCUCCAUCUCCCUCUUUUUAAGUGCGAGAUUCCCUCACCCGCCGUUCACCCUCAAUCUCUGAACUUGAUCGCCGACGCAGCCCAGUCGUGACUGCCGUGCCCACGUCCUAAAACGUUUUUGCGACGAGCAGCUUAGAGUUCGAAUGUGCUUAGCGCUCCGUCCAGCAAGAUUAAGGACGUUAGCCGGGCAUUCGUGUUAGUUUGGAACCCAUUCAAACACGACCAACAGCAUUUAGGAUUAAGAAAUUCAUCAUUCUAUGGCUCCUCGGGAAUGUCAGGUCUGCAAUGAAGCACCAUCCAAAUACAAAUGCCCCCUAUGCCUUGCACCUUACUGCUCUCUGGUUUGUUUUAAGAAACACAAAGAAGUGCUCUGUGCCAUCAAGCCUGUGUCUGAAGAGGACCAAUCAACUGCUCCCAAUGGAUCAUUUGUAGAUAGGCCAAUAUGUGUUGGAGACCAGAAUGAAGUACUUGAAAAGUCGCAGUUAGAGGCUAUUGCUUCUUCCUCAGAAAUACACAAUAUUUUGAAUGAUGAGAAACUCCGGAAGUUUAUCCUUGCCAUUGAUAGCUCACUCGAUCCAGAAACUGAACUUGAUAAAGCUAUGGAAGAUGAAGCAUUUCGCAUUUUCAGUAGCAAGAUAUCAUCCAUCAUCAGCUCUUAGACCUAAUAGUCAUAGAUGGAGGAGGGAAAGAAACAGUUUACCAAGACAUGUAUAUGUAUAAACAACGAGACGUUUCUGCCCUUUUGGCAUAAGGGAUCAACUCAGCAGAUGAUGAUGAUUUCAGCAAAGAACGACGGCUUCAUGGAUUGUAGUAAUGCUGGGGGGCCAUCUAAGUGAUCAGCUGCUAAUGUUUAAUGGUGAUCAAAUGUACCAAGUUAUACUGAUCAGUUUUCAAGUACUAUAGGAACAUGUCCGUUUGACGACCACCCAAACUCAUGUUUAGUGAUUUCUUGGCUGAAGAGAAUGUUGCAAGUCAUGUUUUGACUAAAGGACUUGCGAUUGAAUUAACCAACUGAAAGUUGAAGGUUUUAUGAUUUUUAUAUCAUAAAAUUAGCAUAGGUUUUAUCA